ACUGGUGUGAUGACACAUUUCUUUACACAUGAGCAAAUAAAGAGUUGUUUUCGGCAACAUUAAAGUCUUAAGUAGCAAAGAGUGUAAAAAAAAAAAAAAGACGCACGUCACGAUGCAACAAAGGAGCGCGCAGAUUGUCGUCCACGCAACAAACAGUCCAUCGCUUUAUUCAUCAGUAAUCACGCCGAGGUGAGCUUAGUCAACUUCUCAACAUACGUUCAGUGUUUUCAAUCAAAAAGCACUUUUUGGAGAUUAUUGAGCUGACCGCCAAGAUGCCUAAUGAGAUGGAGGUGAGCAAGGUGAGUCCUAAAGAGGUGGAGGAGGACAAGGAGGUGACGUGGGACAACAAGUAUCAGUACUUGCUCACCACCAUCGGCUUUGCAGUGGGACUGGGAAACAUUUGGCGCUUUCCUUACCUGUGCCAGAUCUAUGGAGGCGGAGCCUUCCUCAUCCCGUACGUGUUGGCCCUGGUGCUGGAGGGCAUCCCCCUGCUCUACCUGGAGAUGGCUGUGGGACAGAGGAUGCGUAAAGGCAGCAUUGGAGUCUGGACUGCUAUCUCUCCCCUUCUGGCUGGAGUGGGUAUCAGCUCCAUGUUGGUAGCCUUCCUGGUGAGCCUCUUCUACAACGCGGUGCUGGCCUGGGUGCUGUGGUACUUCUACAACUCCUUCAGGAACCCUCUGCCCUGGACCAAGUGUCCCCAGAAUGCAAGCUUGACAGGCGUGGAUGCGGAAUGUGUGAAGAGCACACCAGUCGAUUACUUCUGGUACCGUCGGACGCUCAACAUCACGCCGAACAUCGAGACCAGCGGGUCUCUGCAGUGGUGGUUGGUGCUCUGCCUGGCCUGCGCCUGGUUCAUCAUCUACAUCUGCUUCUUCAAGGGCAUCAAGUCCAUGGGCAAGGCAGUGUAUGUGACAACCACCUUGCCCUAUGUGGUCUUGACCAUCUUCCUGGUCCGUGCCGUCACCCUGCCUGGAGCUACGGAUGGACUGUCCUAUCUCUUCACUCCUGAUUGGCAGGUACUGAAGAACCCUCAGGUGUGGCUGGACGCCUCAACACAGAUCUUCUUCUCUCUCUCGGUGGCCUUUGGAGGUCUGAUUGCCUUCUCCAGCUACAAUACCAAGACAAACAACUGCGAGAGAGACGCGAUCCUUGUGGGAGUAAUCAACAGCGUCACGUCCAUUUAUGCAUCCAUCUCCAUCUUUGCCAUCCUGGGCUUUAAAGCCAACAUAGCUCUGAAAAACUGUCAGGAUACAAACCUCUUGAUUUUAAUGUCCGAAUUUGGUGUGAAAGGGAGCAGGUACAGCUACACUAGCACAAUCAAUUGUCUGGAGAAAACCAAGCCAGAUAGGCUCCACAAUCUCAACCUGAAACCGUGUGACCUCAAAACCUUCCUGGACAAGAGUGCUUCUGGCACGGGCCUGGCCUUCAUCAUGUUCACCCAAGCAGUGCUGGAGAUGCCCGGCUCACAGGUGUGGGCCGUCUUGUUCUUCCUGAUGCUCUUCAGCUUGGGCCUGUCCUCCAUGUUUGGCCUUGUGGAGGGAGUCCUCAGUGCCAUCCGUGACCUCAAACUGGUGCCCAAGUUCAUCCCCAAUGAAGUCUGGACAGCGCUUUUCUGCUUCUUGGCCUUUUUGAUAUCGCUGAUCUUCGUCCAAGGUUCUGGGAGCUACUGGGUGGGGGUCUUCAACAGCUACGUGGGCUCCAUCCCUCUGCUCAUCAUCGCAUUUUUUGAAGUGAUCGGCGUGGUGUACGUCCACGGCAUGACAAAUUUCAGUGACGACAUCUACCUGAUGAUCGGGAGGAGGCCUCACCUGUACUGGCAGAUCUGUUGGAGGUUCAUCAGUCCUUUGAUGCUCCUGGUGGUGUUGUUGGCGUACGUGGCGCUGCAGGCCACGGAGAAGCCCAAAUAUGACACCUGGAACCCUGCUUAUGAAUUGUUUCCUGAACCGGAGGUGAAGUCCUACCCAGACGCAGUGUUUGUCUUCAUCAUCUUUCUGUGUGUGCUGCCCGUCAUCUCCAUCCCAGUCAUGGCCGUCUACUGUUGGUUCAAGCAGCGCAUGUCACGCCCUGACGUCACCUUGUACCGCUUUGAGAUGUUUGAGACGCCAGUCUUUGGUGGUGGCGACCACUGACAACUUUACACCUGAAAGAGAAGUCCGGCUAAAAAGAAAAAGCCGACUUCCGGGUAUUGAGCCCAAAUAAUGGAAUAUUUGAAAGCAAAUCCUCCGAGUUAUUUCAUGGUAAAAUUGCAUGAUCAUUAAUUUCAUGUCAUUUUUAUUUCAUGACUAUUUGAACAGUCUUGUUGGCCGUAUAGAAAAGCCUAAAGGAAAAGGAAGAGGAUAGGUUAGUAGUAACUAAGGCUGCAACUAACCAUUCUUUUCAAAAUCAACUCGUCAGCGAUGAUUUUUUCCAUUAGCCGACAAGGCACACGAUCCGCUGAGUUUCAUGUCCUUGAUUUCAACUUUUAAUAGUAAGAAAAUGCACAUAAUGACCUUGAAAUGAAUGGUUUUACAUUAUUCUACAAAAUAUAAUAAAGUCCACACUCCAUGGUUACAUCCAUUGCAGCUGGGAAAGCAACUCUCUCCUUCUCAAGGUUUCUUUGUCCCUAACAGUUGGGGUCUUUGCAGUUUUUCCUUGCUCGAAUGUGGCUUUUUGAAGCCCUUUGA